AUGUCGCAUGAUACAGGGUUGUUCAGCAUCAAGCGCCCCAGAGACUCAAUGGCUAUGGGGAGCGCCCUGCCUCAACCUUCAUCGGCUUUAAAGCGCACCAGCUCUAUCGGAUUCCAGAACCCGCCAUUUACCUCCCAGCACACCCGAUCGAUGUCGCUGAUGAACUCUGCGAGUCGUCCUCAGCAACCCAAUUUCAAGCGGUCCUCAUCUGGCGGGUUUGGCGCUGAUGCUGGCCUUUCAUCUGUCCGUCGAUCUGUUUCAAGUAAUAUCUUCCACUCCGGUGUCGGGGCCGGGCGUCAAAGCUAUGCACCAGGAUCAAUGUCAUCCAACUCCGCGUCUCAGAACUUGCAGAGGAGAAGCAGCGUGUUUUCGCGACCAUCCAUGGGCGUGGGGGCCCAUAUGGGUGGCCACCAAUCUUUCUUCACCCAAGUUCCUACAGCAGCUGGUGUUCCUAGGGAUCCACGACCUUUGCGAGACCGAUCUUUCCAGGCUAGAAUUGGACAGGAGUUGUUGGAGUAUCUAACCCAUAACAAUUUUGAACUGGAGAUGAAGCACUCCUUGAGCCAGAAUACACUCCGGUCGCCGACACAAAAAGAUUUCAACUUCAUCUUCCAGUGGCUAUACCAUCGAAUCGAUCCGGGCUACAAGUUUCAAAAGGCAAUGGAUGCUGAAGUACCUCCAAUCUUGAAACAGCUGCGUUAUCCCUACGAAAAGGGUAUCACAAAAUCCCAGAUUGCAGCAGUCGGCGGGCAAAACUGGUCUACAUUCCUUGGUAUGCUGCAUUGGCUAAUGCAACUAGCGCAAAUGAUGGAUCGUUUUCUCUUGGGAGAGUAUGAUGAGGCUUGUGCGGAGAUGGGCGUGGACGUCUCAGGGGACCGUAUCAUCUUCCGCUUCCUGACUGGAGCGUACCACGACUGGUUACAAGGCGGUGAGGAUGAAGAUGACGAUACAGCUGGGCAAAGGCUUGUUCCCCAUGUCGAAGCGAUGGCCCAGGAAUUUGAAAGAGGAAACGAGAAGUAUGUUCAAGAGAUGGAAUCUUUGGAAGCCGAAAAUAGGGCACUACGCGAUCAAAUUGAAGAGAUGGAGAAGAAUGCUCCCGACAUGGCCAAGCUGGACAAGCAUUUCCGCAUUCUCGAGGAUGACAAGAGGAAAUUUGAGGAUUACAACCAGAAUGUCCAAGGCAAGAUCGAAAAGUACGAACAUCGAAACAAGUUCUUGGACGAUGAGAUUAGCAAGACCGAGGCAGAUCUUCAAGCGGCGGAGGAAGAGCGAACUAGUCUGCAGGCCAGUGUUGACAGACAGGGCAUCACCAUUCAGGACAUUGAUCGUAUGAAUACGGAACGAGAGCGGCUUCAGAAGAGUCUCGAAGACACCAUGGGCCGACUGGAGGAAGCGCACUCGCGGGUCAUGGAAAAGGAGGCUGAAGCCAGUCAGAAAUUGGAAGAUCUGGAACAGAUUGUAAAAGCCUACAAUACUCUUGGCUAUCAAAACAGUCUGAUUCCUUCCUCGGCCGUCAACGCGAAAGGUCAGGAAUUUGAACUUGGGCUCAACGUCAACGAGAACAACUUUUCCGCAUCACAGAUCGGUGGAAUGCCCAACAGGAUUUCUCCCGAGGGAGAUCGACUUCUGGCAGAACCGUUCACUGGGUAUCACCCUGCUCAUUUGCUGAAUCUGGAUCUCAGAGGAGUUGUUCGCAGCAGCCUUCAGUCACUACGGAAGGAAGUCAACGAACGCCGGAAACAGGCUAUCGACGAUGACCUGGAACGUCGUAACCUCCUAGACAAUAUCAAGGAAGCUAUGGACGAGAAGCGCAGCGAAGUUGAGGCAUUGGAACACAGACGACGGGCGGCAGAGGAGGAAUUUGAACGAACGAAAGAGAUCACAACCACGCAGAAGCUCGCGUCAGAUGCGCAGAUCGAGAAGAUGGAGAAAGAGUUGGCCAAGAUGCGCGCGACAUUAAGCGAAAGCGUUCAGCUGAUGGAGCAGCGAGAGAUGAACACCAACAUCGAAUACGAACAACUAACUCUUCGGGCCAACGCACUGCGGGAAGAGCUGCACACAAAUGUGGAGAGCAUGCUGAAUGACGUGAUCCGAUUCAAGGUCCACGUUCAAAAGGGCCUGGAAGACUACGAGAGUUUCGUCGUUGACGAGGUAGAGCAAGAGCUUGGGGGAGAAAUGCAGCUUGCCGAAGACUAUGAAUACGAAGAGAACUAG